CUUUUUUUGUUUUUAAUUAUUAAGUUGCUCUUUACAAAUGUCUUGGCAGUAUACAGUGUUUGGAGCAACUUUAUAAAGAUUCAAAGCACACAGGGCCUCUGAUGAAUGAAGCAGGUCUAGCAAAAUCCUAACUAGACAGUUUUAUUUGCCCAAUUUUUGCAAUUUAAUAAAUUGCACAGAACUUCAGGCUUUUCAAAAGUUUAUAUAAGCCCUCCCUCACUGUCACAAAAUUAAAAGGAUUUUUCUAUUUUGUGAUAUUUGAAAUUUUAUCUUUUUUUAAAAAAAAAACAAAGGACAUAGACAAGAACUAAAAAUCUGACCUGCAUAGUAUUUGAAGUUUGUAAGGGUUAAGAUCAUGGCUUUAGAGAUAGUGAAAUUAAAUGGUGGCAGACAUGUCCAAGGAAUAUUACGGGGAUUUGAUCCCUUUAUGAAUCUUGUGAUAGAUGAAUGUGUGGAAAUGGCAACUGGUGGGCAACAGAACAAUAUUGGGAUGGUGGUAAUACGAGGAAAUAGUAUCAUCAUGUUAGAAGCCUUGGAACGAGUAUGAAGAAUGGAUGUAGUUACCAGAGAAAUCAACUGCUCCCACAUGUCCCCUCUCCACAGCACCUGUUUUACUACAAUAUGAAAAUAGAGUCCAGUCCAUUUUCACAUUGAACUUUUGUUAAAUAAACU